CUACCACCUUCGCUGCUUUGCUCAUGCAUUGACUUUGAUACUAUGAUUAUGUUAUUUGAGUAUAUACACGACCAUUAAACAUAGAAAAUGACGGAAAAAGUUCCACUUCGAUUGUUAGAGUUGUAUAGUGGCAUUGGAGGAAUGCAAUUUGCAAUGAAAGGAGCUGAUGUACCCUAUUGCUUAGUUGCUGCUAUGGAGUUAAAUGAUGUAGCUAACAAGGUAUACAAACACAAUUUUCCAGGUGACAAUUUAAUGCAAAAGAAUAUUGAGGGUUUAUCUGUGAAAGAAAUGGAGAUUUUGAAUGCUGAUAUAAUUCUGAUGUCUCCUCCUUGUCAACCAUUUACUAGAAUUGGCAAUCAGAAGGCAUCUGAAGAUCCAAGAACAAAAAGUUUUCUUAACAUUCUUCGGAUCAUAAAAAGUAUGGCAAACCCACCAAAGUACAUAUUGUUGGAAAAUGUCAAAGGAUUUGAAACUUCUGAAACAAGGGAACAACUCCUUAGCGUUCUUAUUUCGGUUGGCUAUAAUUAUCAGGAAUUUUUAAUCUCGCCCUUGCAGUUUGGUGUUCCCAAUUCAAGACUGCGAUAUUACUUGCUUGCUAAACUGAAACCAUUAAAUUUUCAAUUUCCAACUAGUUCGGAGCCAAUUGAUCACAUACCAUAUGUUUCACCCGAGAAGCAAUCAGCUGAUCAUUGUGAUGAUGUUAUUGUUGCAAGAGAUUCGAUACCGUAUUCAUGUUGCAGAUGCGGGAGGCCUUGUCUCAAAGUAAAUGGCCUAAUCGACCCUUGUCCAUUGUCAGAAUACUUGGAAGCAACUGCGGAUGAUGAGGAGUUUUAUCUUUCUGGUGAUAUCUUAGGGCGACUUGGUACAGUUCUAGAUAUUGUCACUCCUUCGUCCAAAAGAUCAUGCUGCUUUACAAAAGCCUAUGGGACGUACGUCAAAGGAACUGGGUCAGUUAUAACAACGAUGAAAAGUGAAAGUGAGAUUCAAGAGACAUUCGAAAGUUUGAAAGACACAGUAGAUGAACGUUUAAGAAGUGAACAAUUAUUAAAUUUAAAACUUAGAUAUUUCUCUCCACAAGAAGUGGCCAAUUUGAUGUGCUUCCCUAGAUAUUUCAGUUUCCCAGCAGCAACAACAACAAAACAGAAGUUCAAGCUCCUUGGCAACAGCAUCAACGUGUUUGUCGUUUCACAACUCUUAAAGAACAGCUUGCUAACAGACUGUAGAUAAUGCCAGUUUCUGAUUUCUAUAGUUAGUUUUAGAGUUUAAAUAUCACAUUUGAGUAUCUUGGGAUCUCUGCUCUUUUUUCAAGUUAGAAUAUUAUCCAUCAAUGUGAAUACAAUAAUGAUGUCAUAUAAUAAAGUUACGGUAUCUUUGAUUACUCAAGACAGUUCUAGGGUGCAAAAUUUCUCUUACAUGUGAUCAGAAAGAAUGUAUCAUUUUUACUGUGUUGAAACUAGCUCUAGAGUGUGUGAACUGAUUUAUGUGUUUAUUGUUGUUCAUUCUCGUCGAAUUGCGGUGUUAGCGUCAGCUUAACCACCAUCUACCAGAGCGAAAAGAUGAAUUUUUUCAAUGAUCACACUAAACAUCUUGGAGUUUCAAUAGUUUUCAAUUAAAAUAGUUGCUCUUUUUUACCAAAAUUGUCAAUCACCCAGUCAAACUCUGUCUGUUAAACUCUAGCAAUGAUCUCUUGUCCUCAAGAUCAAAGCGAGGUUUGUUUAGAUCGAGGUCAUAUUUAAGCGCGAAAAUUUUGAAAUAAAAUUAUCACGUAAGCAAAACACUCGUGUUUGGAAUAAUGAAGACAAAUUCGAAGUAAAUUCAGCCAUGUUAAACACUACGAAGAAAAUUGAAUGUCACUGCUGAGAAGCUAUGAUGGUAUCCUGUUUGUAAGUUCAUUUAAUGAUUUACAACGAGUUAGCAUUAAAGCAUGUUUCUUCUUUUUCUUAUAAGUAUUGUUGGGACGCGGUCGAUGAGAGAUGAAAAUGAGUUUAUGGUUUAACUUGAGUUAGUAUUGUGCAACAUUUCAGAAUUAUAACUGAAUCCUUGAUUAAAUUUGACAGCGGUUUAAGAGAUUUGUAUUAAGUUCGAAGAGCCAUCAGUUAUUAGAUAGACGCCUUUAAAAGGCGAAGUACUUAAGUCUUUUCCUGGAAAUCGGACAUACUUUUCGAGAGCUAGGGAAGAAAAAAUUCAGAAAAGCAACAGCUUGAGAAUUCAAAAAUCAUCUCUAAAAGCAAACCCUUACUAAUUUUUCAGAAUUAUUAUGAUAUUCUAAGAAGUUAUAACAAUAGAACUUACAUAUAUACAAUUAUGAAAUGCACAAUGAAAAGUAUUAUCGCUGUCUUUGCCAAAUAGUUCGCUUGGUGUAUCAUUCUUAAUGAAACUGUAACAUGCUACAGUCAUUUGAAAAUUAUCUCAGAACUCAAAACGUCAAUUAUUCUUUUUUGGUGAGACUGAAAUAACUUGGUUGUAGAAUAUCAGCAAUUUAGAGGGAAAUUGUAUCGCUUUUUAUAAGAAAAUCUAGCCAAGUUUUUCAAAAACGUUCAGAUACAUAACAAAUAUGUAUGUUAUUUGCCAAGACGAUUCAGAAAAUAAAUUAAAACGAAUAGUACUGAUAAAAUGCCCUAUUAUUUAGCUUUUCUAAAGCUGAGUACGUUUUCAAGCUUGGAAAUAACUUUCAAGCAAAUUUUAAACUGCACAGGUUUUAAUAAAUAGGUGCAGUGUUUGUUUUAUAUAUCGCUCAUGUGUGGGUACAGGCAUUUGUUCAAGCAACCAUCAUUUAGCAAAGCCAGCGACAUAUCUCUUCAUAAAUAGGAAAACAUGUUCUAAAAAUGUGCAGAGUUAUACACUACAUACAAUAAAACAAAGGGUGUCUUGGAACAACUCUUUCUGUUUUGGAACAACCUGCAGGAUUUCCAAAAACACCCUUUCAGUUAUUAUUAAAAACAAAGAAAAUAUGUACAUUUAUAUUCUAUCAGUUUACAAUGUCAAAUCAAUUUGAUAAAAGAAUUAUUCCUCUAUAGUAUAAUAUUUCAUUGAUGUAUUGUUGGUUUGUUUACACAAAAAUAGAAUUUAAUGGGACUCGAACGAGUUAAAAAGGAUUGUAGAAUUUUCGUAAUGAUUACAGAAACAGCAGCAAAAACCGUGCAAACAUGAAACAAAGC